AUGAAUGAAAAUGCUAGAAAUAACAACGAAUAUACAAGUAAUGAAAAUGAAGUACAAUUCUUUAAUAUUGACCAUGAAAGUGCUGACCAAAAUGAUGUUAUGAAUCUAUCCGUGGAUCUAUCAUCAUUAGAAAAUCACACCGCUCAUGUAGGAGAAAACCCAUACAAUGGAAAUAAUAAUGAUCUAAAUACUCCAGGAAAUGAAGACUUGCAUCAGCAAAUACGACAUAACUUUGUAAACAAAGAGGAGGAAUAUCAGGCAAUACAGGCGGUAGCAAGAGUUCAGCGUGAUGGACAGUUGCCUAACACAGACAGUAUAAAUAAGGAUGAUGCAACCCUUAAAAAUGUUACUAUAAGUGACGAUCGUCUUACAAGGCAGUUGGACCCUAAAAGAUACUGCAGAUUUUGUAAAAAACACUUUUCACAUCAAGGAUCUUAUGGAAGACACUUAGAUUUGAAAAAGGGCGAUGAACUACACCCGGUGGAAGAAAUCGCCAAGAUAAGGAGCAAAGUCAUUCGUAGGAAUGGCUUCUUGGAUAAUGAGAGAAUAGAAGCUCGAAAAUCAAAGAAAAAAGUGGCCUCUAGAAUAUAUAACAAACGUGAAAAUGUCAAGGAGAAGAAUAAAAUUAGGAGGAAACUAAGAGACAGAGAAAUCAAGGCCAAAUUAUUGACUAAUGAAUGGUAUUUGAACCAAUUGGGUAACGGCUCUGCAAAACAUGGAUUGCCCACUUUUGCUAAGAUAGUGUGUUUGUAUUUACCAGUGAGAAGCUGGCCCGCUGGUUCUCCUCCAGCCGAGGAGGCAUUUGAUGAUCUAAUUUCAAUAUCCGCAAAUCAUAGCAGUAUGUUAUUGGAGGAAGUAAAGGAUUCUUACACAAUAUGGCAGAGUUAUUCAGUCGAAAAGAGGCGUGAUCUUUGGUUUGCUGAACAAAAAAAGACGUUAGAAGAGUCCCUAGGAAACCUCUCUCUAAUAGACUUACAGCAAAGGAACCAAAUAAUGGAUAAACAGAAGAAAGACACCUUCGAGGACUUAUGCAAACUGGAUAAUUUAAUAACCUCAAAUACACGAAGUUACCAAGAAGAUGUUAAUUUUAUCGAUUCGAACGAGAGUGAAGAUAAUGAUACAGAUAAUCCCAUUGCACACGCUUCUUUCCAACCUGACGGUACUAAUUAUUUUGAAAAUCAUUAG